AGGGAUGUUGUGCGUGCUGGUGCUAGAAACGACGCUGUUCGCCGUCAUCUCGGCGAUGGGCGACGAGCAGCCGUGUCGACACUACGGGUUUACGUGUGACGCGACGCCGCAGUGUUGUCCGUCGGCGUCGACGUCGGUGGCCGUGUCCGUGGCUCAGCGGCCCAUUUGUCUCCGCGGCUUUUGCGAGUGUCCCUUUGGGUACGCCUGGAGUUCAUCUCGGGGCUCUUGCAUGUCCGUGGACGCCGUGGGCAAUGGGGUCGGGAUUGGAGGACUGACGUACCUGCUGUGGUUUUGCGGAGUGCUAAUCUUCAAGGCCAUGUGCGUGUGUAUUUGCUUGCGAAACCGAAGGCGCCUAGCGGAACAGGAAGAAGGUGUGGAGGAAGGAAGGACGAAGCGGGAUUUGCCGCCGCCGUAUGAAGUGGCGGUUCGUGAACCGCCGCCACCUUACGACAUCGCUGUGCAUUCGUAAACACUGGGGAAAAGAAAAUUCUUCGGGCACCUGUUCUAAGUUCCUUUUUUUGUGGUAAAGCUUAAUUUUCAAAUCGAACUGCGUUAUCUUUGAGAAAAAGGUAAUGAUCUCUGAUUUGUCGUGUUCCAAAAGUAUUCGUGUAGAGGUGAAUGUGUUGAAGUUGUACGAAACGCAAUUUCUUUGGCAUAUCUUUUUUUACAAGCAAAUAAUCCACAUUUUUCGGUCGCACGAUGAAUUUUGUGGAAGAUCUACUAAAAAAAAUUUGUGAAGAGUAACUUCAAAAUUUCAAUUUUUGAAAGCGAUUUUCUCGAGAAAAAAUCCUGCUGGAGAAACCAUUAUUUAAUUUUUCAAGUAUUCUAAAACUUGUCAGAUGAAAAGGAUAUGAAAAUGAUGAAUGAGGAUAUGAACCUAGAAUUUCGUUCGAAUAACUGAUUCUCGAAAAGUGCGUUAUGUUCAUAAUUUCAAAAGCAGAAAAUGAUUUAAAUUUGUUCGUAAUAUGAAAUUUGGGACAGAAUAAUCAUCUUAUUCAAGGAACGUUAGACUAGCGAGAGCAUCAUUGAAAGGUGGUACAGAAAUGAGAAUGAACAAAUUGACAGUUGAUAACUGUGGCUCCGCGAAAAGAUUAUUCCGUUCUCAUGUAUCUAAAAUGCUUUCAAAAUACUGUUUCAUCAUUUAGGAAGGAGCGAAGGCAAUUUUUUAUUGUUAUCAAAUUAUUCCAUUGAGUUUGAUAUCAAGUCACCUCAAUUUUAUAUUUUCUAUGCGAAUAAAUUUUAUUUAAUGCAGUAUAUAUUGAAGGAUAAAUUCUACAUUUUGAGCACUUGCAACGGAAGCUCAAAAGAAGUAAUAUUUUUCAUCGUCAGAAAAAAUUGUCAACGAAAGAAGGUGAAGUUUUACUUGCACCUCUCAAUUUAUUGAAUAUUCUAUGCAUUUUUUGUUUGUUCCAAUACUAAUCGACGUUCAAUAUGCAGACAAAUGCUCGGAAAUUAUCUCAGGCGACUGAGGAGAAAAGGAUAUGUUUUUUCUGUCAUAGUUUUCAAAACCUCGAUGUUUUCCAAGGUCGAACAAUACGUGUAUUUUGUGGGGUUAUUUUCUAGUCAAUGCGAAACUUUUGGUUGAUCUCACGAACGAAUGAAUAUCGCAGUUGAUGGAAUUUAUUGUAUGCGGAAGGGAAGCUUUUUUUCGAAGUUUUCAAGAAAGAGAGAAGGAGAAAUGAAGAAUGGAAUGAGUUGUGAAUUCGCUGUAAUUGUGUGUGUUCGGACGAGAAGUUCGUCGUAAUUGUGAUGAUGUGUCUUUGUCUAAUUUCGGUUCGUAUUUUGCUUCAAUUUUUUCAAUGUGUUU